AUGGCAUCUUCGUCCAGGGCGUCAAGUCCGCUUCUCUAUGCCUGCAUAGCUCACAGGACAACUAUCCUCACAGAGCACUCGGUGCCUGGAACAUCGUCUACGUCUGCUUCGUCAUUAGCAUCGAUCAUCCUCCCCAAGAUAUCUCACGAUUCCCCGCAGAAGCUCACCUAUACACAUGACCGGCUAUUCAUUCACUAUAUUGCUGAUUCCCCCAGUACCACUUCGGCGCAGGGGAAUGGACAGACACCAGAUUCCCACUCAGCGUUGAGUUACCUAGUUGUUGCCACGGCCGAACAGGGACGCCGUAUUCCCUUUGCAUUUUUGCUUGAAAUGAAGAGAAAGUUCCUUGCGAGUUAUACUCCAGAAAGCACUGAUUAUGCUGCAUUACCAGCCUAUGGAUGUGCCGCUUUUAACAAUGAUCUUCGCGCCUUGCUACACACCUUCAAUACAACACCUCCUUCGGAUUCACUCGCCUCGGCCAGGAGAGAAAUCGACAAUGUACGAGAUAUUAUGACAGAGAAUAUCGAGCGUGUCCUGGAGAGAGGGGAGCGUAUCGAUACCUUGAUUGAUAAGACUGAUAGACUGGGAAGCAGUGCCCGUGAUUUCAGAGUGCGUAGCCGGGACCUACGACGUCGAAUGUGGUGGAAGAAUACCAAGGUUAUGGCUUUGCUGAUAGUGGUAGUGUUGUUCUUGAUAUAUCUAUUUGUAGGCAUGGGAUGCGGCCUGCCGGCGUGGGGAAGUUGUAUUGGACGCGGAGGCCAUCAUGAGGAGUAG